GCGGCCUGACUGGAGCAGCACCGACACAGCCAGGUUCCGACAUGACGUGGCGGGAGCUCCGCACCCGGCAGUUCUGGCGUGCCACGCUGGCUGAGAUGAUCGGGACCCUGGUGCUAGUGAGUGCAGUCCUAGGGGCUUCUGUUCCAGCUCCUGGAGGAGCCCCUGUUGGACCCAUGUAUCCCGCAGUGGCUGUCGGGGCGGCCAUUGUUGCUCUGGGGCAGUGUUUUGGAGAAAUAAGCGGCGCGCAGGUGAAUCCCGCUGUGACGCUGGCUCUGUUGGCCACUCGCAGGCUAGAGGUUCUCCAGGCCCUGGUUUACAUCUCAGCCCAGUGUCUUGGGGCGUCCCUCGGAGCCGGGGCGCUCUACUUGGCUCUGCCUGUUAAAACUAAUGCAGAGCACUUUGUAAACAAGGUUCCUCUGGAGUUGAACGCAGCUCAAGCGCUAGCCGCGGAGAUCCUCUGCACGUUCCAGAUGGUCUUCACAGUCUUCUCCGUUGAGGAACAGAACCGCAGGGAGAACCCAGUGCCGGGGAACCUUGCCAUCGGAUUCGCUCACACUGCUGGAGUUCUUAUCGGAGGAAGGUUCUCCGGGGGCAGCAUGAAUCCAGCACGUUCUCUGGGUCCUGCCAUUAUCGCUGGCUUCUGGGAAAACCAUUGGGUGUACUGGAUCGGACCGGUCGCGGGUGGGAUGCUAGCCGGAGUCUCCCACGAGUUCUUCUUCGCUCGAAGCGCCUCCCGUCAGAAGCUGGUGGCGUGCCUGACCUGUCGGGAUAUUGAGAUCGUGGACACCACCAGCAUGACUGGGUCCUCACUGUCCACGGUCACGCAGAACCCCACGAGAGCCAAGCAGAUCCACAAACAAGACAACUGAGUACUGAAGAAUGUGACUUGGACAAAGCCUUCAGAGAAAAAGAAAUGGGAGUCUAUGUGAUGAACCAAAUGUAGAACUAUAUUUUCCAAAUCUUCUAAUGCUCCAGCUGAAAGUGUUUUUGCCGCAAGUGAAGUGUCUUGUGCCAGAGAUGAUAAAAGAGCUGUGAUGUAUCAGAUGCUGAUGAAGAACGUCUGCAUGUUCCACG